UGAGUGCAUUUUCAGAUGCAUACAAAAUUUUAAUAAGACAAUAAAAAUGAGUUCUCGCUUAUUACGACGUAGAAUUUCCGCUCGCUUACAUACUAGGAAUUCCCACUUACAUGUUUACCGAUUAAUAGGUACUAAGUAGUGAUUAAUAAUUUUGCGGUGACUCCUGAGAAGAGUUUCACUGUGUUUUAAACAAUUUGAUAAUCUUUAAGUAACGAAAUAAUGCUAGACAAAAUGAAAAGUUUUAUGGUAUAUUUUAUUAUUGGAAUUGUAUCGUUUUUCAUGUAUGCUGCUGCGCAACUGGAGAAGCAACAAGUGAUUCAUUUGGUAAUCUUUUAUGAAGACUUGCCAUUCUGUGCGCAUACAAAGGAUUUUAUUCUGCAAGAAGUUCAACCACUAUUAGAUGCGGGUCUUUCAAAAUAUGUAAAAUUCGAGCUACUACCAUAUGAAACAGAUGCGGUUAGAGACUCUACCCACAGUUGGACAUGCAAUGCAGAUAGGCGAACCGCUUGCUCUCUUGGACUAUUUGACUAUACUAAGGUGAAAUAUCCAGAUCACUAUCAUCCAAAUACAGAGUGUUUAGGUUCUACAAUUAAUUAUUUGAGAUAUUUUCAAGAUAUAUUUCAAAAAGAAAUAAUCGAUACUGACGUUAAAAGAUGUAAACUUGGUGACAUAGGUCAAAAUUAUCCUAACUCUAUGAAAGAUAAAGGAAUAAAAUUGGGUUCCUACUAUCCAUAUGUAAAUAGCACCCUGAAAGAAGAGGUGGGAAACUUUCUAAACAAUUUAACUACGGAAAUCCUUGGUGUAAAAGAUUUUAAAGAUAAUACUUUUUCUAUUAUCAAAUGGCAAACUGAGAACGAAUGUAAGGGACUUUAACUCUAAGAAUAUAAUUAAGAAUGAAGUUUAGAAAGAUCAAGAAAUUCUGCAAUCGAUACAAAUAAUCUUCCUUCAAAUAUUUUAUGGGUAAUGGUUUCUACAAUUACUUUAAUAUUGUUAGACUGCAUUUAAUUUAAUAAAAAUCCAAUUAAUAAAUAUUUUUAAUUUUAUUGUUAAAACUUCAUAUUUAAUUUCUGGAAAUACACACAAUACAGACAUCUA